AUGGAGAUAAUGUAUAAAGCAGUCCUAAAUGGCUGUGGUGUGGUCUACCGGCUGUCCUGGUAAUCUGAAUUUUCAGUAUCCUCUCUCGGGACUGUUAUCUCGCAAUAACACUGCUCAAAUGGAUUGGAGACAAACUUUCCAUUCGUAUUUUUCCGCUGGUGUAUAGUUUUGAGCUUGAUUAAUUUGCCGAUUUUUUUGAUCUGAGCUUUGGCAAAAUUCAGUCGUCCCAGGCUGAGCAUUUAUACGUCCUCGGGGAAUACGACAUCGAAGGACGAUUAUUUCUUCUAUCAGAUCCGUACAGAACACUUAUACCUCAGGUGGCUUACCAUUCCCACAAUAUAUGGUAACUGGGAAGACGCAGCUGACAAUUCUCAGCCUCACGAUGCGACAUAAAAUCGGCCACAGUUCUGUUAUCGUCUUGCGAUACAGAGGUAGACAAUCUAUGGAUAAAUGUACUACUACUCCCUCAUCUUUGGCGACGACGCUCCUUUUCUAUUUAACGGCGCAUCUGCUUCUGCAGUUCAAAGUGAACAGUGAACGUACUCACCACUACCCAGUGGGGCUACUUGUAAGGCCUACGAUGCCCCCAAGAGCGUCCUGGUAUCCACAGGCAUCUCCGGAACAAGUGACCUAAGUAUGCCCAGAAGGUUUCGAAGAUGACUCUGCGCUGAAUUGGACCGCAGAGCCCAUUCAGGCACCCUCCUCCGAAUGCGUACAUGCGUUGGCAGGUGAUGACGUUUUCAAAGCUGGGAACGGGUUCUACGCAUGAGACGCUGCCUGCGAACGAUUUCGACAGGCGCAUGCUUUCACAGCUGUUGGUAUAUAUGUGUACUGAACAGUUAGACGACGAUUCCGUGAAGGAGUCGUCCCUUCGAGAACGUUUUCCACUGCCGAUGAGGAGAUCUACCUCGUCAUAUAUUUCUCUAGCCGUUUUCUCGAUAUCCUUAUUCGCACGCCGUCUGCAUGAUCUUUCGAUGCUGUGCCUAAACAUUUUAGAGAUAAAAAAUCGGAGGUUAAUGGGGUGCAAGAGGUAUGUUGUAGAAAAUGCAACUCGGCAGUGUAGAGCACAUGCCGCACACACGCAAUAGUGGGCGGCGGGAGCGCGCACGCCAGCGCUUGACGGGAUAGUGCAAUAACGGUGAACAGUCGCACUGCGCAAUCUCCCAUCGCGAGAAGUCGCGAUAAGAGUACACCCAGUCCGCUACAGUAUGUUACUAGGAACGUAGUGGUCCUUAAUUCGUCUAUUUCCGGCCCAUUUAUGUGAAAACCUGGUGUGUUGUGUGGGGGCCAGGUCGUCUAUGGCACGUGAAGACGGGCUACCUAGCUGUGUCAGCCACUUGCGCUCAAUCCCCACAUCAGAUGACUUACCGACACACGCAGCGGAUUGAUCCCCGCGAGGGAGCUCUCACAGGCAUCAGCCCACUUUUUUCCCCCUUCCCGAAGUAAGAGUAGAUUCGUUUCUCUGGGCUACGUCCUCACAGCACUCGGCGGAUAUUCUUCAGUAUGAGGUAUUGACGCUCUCCCAGUCUAUCACGAUACGUUAGCAACCGUGGCUUGGAUACUGUCAGCUGACAGGCUGACUUUGUCCUCUCAGGGUGAAGAGUCGGACUGCAGUCGACCCUUCUUGGUUUGACCUCUGUGGCAAUCUACGUAGUUCGGAUCCGGGUUGCCUCUUUCGUGUUGGUGCGCAAACCUUCUUCUCUGUGUGCGGGCCAGGCGUGUAACACACGUAGGAGAUCUGUUUAGCCUUGUCAGUCGCUGCGUCCGGCCUCGUCCCUCGGCCUUCUUGACUCCGUCUUGACAUCACACCCAGGGGGAUGAAUGAUGGAGAGUACACAAGUCCUUUAUCACUUUAAAUUAAUUUACACCCAAACAAACGUCCCUGCCCUCGCCGUGCUGCGAGGCACACUGCGAACAUCGCCGUUCGCCGAACCGUCAAUUCGUCUGUUUAUGCUACGGAGGACCGUCAUUCCUUACUUGUUUACUGUGUGUACUAUGCUGGUUUCUUGCAAUCACUCUGUCCCUAGUUUAUUUUGUCGCCUAUGCCUAAUUUUUCAUUUAAGCGAGCUAACUUUCGCAUCCUGUUUAAAUACUCUGUUGUGAACCAUAUUCUUACUUAUUAGGUUCAGUAAUUUGGACUUCAGAGAAGACAUGAUGAUGCCGGUGGCAGAUGUGACCAUUCUACCUGUUGAAGUCCUGCACAAAAUAUUUGGCCUCCUUAGUUUUGAAGAUAUCAUUAACUGUUCACUGAUCAGCCCUUACUGGCGAUGGGUGUUAAACAGCCCCUUUGGCCUGCAGUUAAUGACACGCAAACAGUCCUGGACCUGGCUAGAUCUCAACUUGUCAAAACUUUUAACCUGUCUCACUUCUACAACCUGCAAUAGUGAGUUGACAGAAGUUUUCUCCGAGGCCUACAAAUAUCGACACACAUCCAACACCCUUUUCCACCGGUUUUGGUCAAAUUUCAGCCUUCCAACCGCCAUUAAGUCCAUCGAUGCCGUGCUUCUUGGUCCUGCAAUUGAUACUCCAAACCUCUCCGGUGGUUUUUUGAGCUUGUUAUUCAAUUCCAUGGAUGCUGCCGCGACAGCUAAGUUAAAAUCUCCCCUACUUAAACGGACACGUAUACCUGGUUGGAGUGGCCAGGGAAUUGCUGUUCGUAUUCCGAUGUCUGGGAAAAACAACGCCUCUGGCUACAUGAUCAUCAACCUAACAACGCUUCACGCCAAGGGGAAGUUAGAUCGAGCCUCGCAUCUAUUUGGUGGCAGUCGAAUCGAGGGUAGCCUUCUUAUAGAGGAGCCAACCCCAUCCACUCCGGCUCGACUGACUCCUGAAGCGUAUCAGAUGGUAGCUUCGACAGACCUUCUGCUCUACGCCGUAGACUGUCGCCACUCUGCGUCGGAUCCCCAGCGCUGGCGGGAAAUACGCCUUGAGUUAUUGUUGAUUAUGAACACACUCACCGCCAACCAGACACUGAUAAUUCUUGGCGUGGGACGCAAGGAUAACAUCGAAUCAGAUCUUCUCUCACCGCUUGAAAUCGUUAAAAACUUGGGCGGCGUCGAGCGUGAGCCAGGGCUUUGUCAGCCACUGGUGGCUUCCACCGUAAAUUGGCGUGUGUGGCGUACUUAUGCUGACAACGGUCAGUACACGAAUAUAAGUGAGAUACUCCAGUGGGCUUUUAUUAAUGUGCUCCUUCUCAGGUCGCGACGGACGGGCGAAAUGUCGCCGCCGAACUCAUUUGGCCUUUCAUUACGUGACUUUAUCCCGAGAUGGCUUCUCCCAUCCUAUCUCAGCCAGUGA